AUGGGUCGUGAGGGGCCCCGCAACAAUUCAGUGCAGAGGCCCCCGGGGGAGAAGAGGGGGCAGAACGAUAAGAGAGAAGCAGCAGCAGCAGCAGCAGCAGCAGCAGCAGAUAGGAGAGAUGCAGCUGAAGGUGCUACUGGUGCAGCAGCAGCAGCAGCUGCUGCAGACAGACCAGCCUCAUUCAGGCGGGAAUCACAGCAGCAGCAGCAGCAGCAGCAACCGCAGCAGCAGCAGCAGCAGAGGAAUGCAUGGGGUCGCUCAACUGAGGGCCGCAGGCAUGGGGGGGCCCCCGGGGGGCCCCCAGCAGUCGAGGAGGGGCCCCCGGGGGCCCCUGGGUUUCAAACAGAUGCACAGAUUGUUGCAGCAAGAGGAGAAGCAGCAGCAGCAGCAGCAGCAGGAGGUGCAGCAGCAGCAGGAGCAGCAGCAGCACCGGUGCCUAGGCCUCUUGUUAAGUGGGAGGGAGAAGGAGGAGGCGUUAUCCUUAUCAGCAGCACCAGCAGCAGCAGGAGGAGCAGCAGCAGCAGCAGGAGCAGCAGCAGCAGCAGCAGGAGCAGCAGCAGGAUCAUACUGGGAUCAGUUUCUUACGAAUGA